GAUGUCGGGACUCUACAGUCAUAUGAAUAGGUGCAUAUGACACGCCCCUUUUGAGCUACGUGCUACGGCGAUGCUAACAGGGGAAGGUCAAAGUCGUCAGUGCGUCCAGUGUGUGGACGGCAAGAAAACCAAACACCAAGCAUGCCGGUACACAUUGCUGCAUACGGUUGCGUACACUGCCGUACAAAUACCACAAGAGAAAUGGGAGUAUCCUUACACAUGUAAAAAAAAAUUGGGGGCUUUUUUUUAAGUGUUAUGUAUUGAUAGAACACGCUAUGACGUUGAUUUAAAAAAAAAAAAAGUAAACCUUGUGAAAAUUGGUUGAAAAAUGAGCAAGUUACGUCUUAAUUUCAAUGUUCAUGCAUUGUCUUUUGAUGGGAAUGUCGACCUCCCCAAUAUGGCCGCCACGUAGGCACGUAGCCGUGCUGCUACAGUGCGAAGCCAAACGUGUAUUUCUUUAGCUACCCUACGAUGAGGCAGAAGGUCAAUGUUUGUGAUAUUGAGGGACGUUAACAUGGAGUACGUAACUACUUAGGAGAUAGAAGUUCUCGAUGACGUGCGCGGUAUUUGCUGACAACAUGAAAGAGCCUCAUUACGUCAAACUGAUGAAAGAGCCUUAAAAUGGACAUCAAAGAGAUGAAAGAGCCUUCUCACGUGAAGCUACAGUAUAUAUAGCCUAUCACAUAACUGUGCUGAUGAUCAGGGAUCAUUCUAUGUGGGGAGGUCUUGCUAAACGUAAUCAAUUCAAAGGCCAGCGGAAAUUUCUUACCCGACUUCAGCAAUGGGGAUUCUAUCUUUGAUCCGUUGUAUUGACAAUGUGCUUGAAGAACUCCAUCAGAUGCAACCCACCUCUUUGCCAGAUGGUGAUCAGCACAUGUACAAUACAGAGAAGACAUUCAUGAGGCAAUUUGUGCUCUUGGGGAAGGAGAAUCGAGUUCCACCCUGUCUCUUGCCUAGAGACAUGACUCUGUGGUUGCUGCAAAGUAGAAACUUACCACAAGAGUUCCGGGAAAUGCAAAUGAGAGUGGGUGCCAGGAUGUUCAAGCUCCUUUUUGUGGCCUGGAUAAAGGCAAGGAUCCUCUGUUUGAAUAAGAUGCAGAGAGAAGUGUGCAGGGACCUAGACGAAGAGGAACGUCUUUCGCAGUUGCUGGGGAGGAAGGUCACACUUGAAGGCCUCCACAAGUACAUAUCAAUAGUGAGGCCUCAAGCUGAACAGGACACUGAGAUCUUCCUCCAGCUUCUUUUCAGUGAGCUUCAAAUAUCAUUGAGCAGCGUUGAGUUGACCAGAGUACAAAGACUGACACUGUGCCACAAAUUCUACCGUGCUACUGGGUCCCUGGUGGAGAAGAUUGUAGAAUUGUCUCUCGACUUCCUUCUGGAAGAGCUGGAGCCACCUGCAAAUGAGGAGUCCAUCACAGCAACAUUGGCACAAAGAUGUGAGGGCGCCAGCAAAGAGAUUGGAAGGAUGCUCGUCGAUGCUAUGGCUUCAAUCCCCUGCCUGUGUCAGUACAUCUCACAAGACAAUCUCCUGUGCAUCUGCAAUGCCAUGGCUUGGAGAAUGUCCCAAAGCUUUUUCCAAAACUUUGUUGAGUGCUCUGCAUACUUUCACCAGCUUGACUUGGAUGAUUCCUUGGUCAUUGCACGGGACAGAGUCAUGAGUGCCAUUGUGCAGAUGGUAUACAUGACCAAUCACUAAAACUCUUGCUUCUCCCCGGCUCUUUCCACACAGAAGCAGCAAAAUUACUUGAUGUAUUAUAAUAUCUCUUUUUUUGUAUUUGAUGAUUAAAUGUUUUAUCAGAAAAACACUUAGAAGUGUUGCUUUUUUUAUGCUUGUUGUUUAUGGGCUAUAUUCUCCCAUUCGCGCUUAAAUCUUUUUUUUUUAAGUGCCUGGGUUUGCACACUUUUUAUCAGUGUAUUCUCUUGUCCAGAUUUCUGACACAUCCACCGCUCGUAAACUGGGGAAUAAGUGCGCAAACACCAAAAAAAGGUGUCAUUCAUUGAAUUCUCAGGCUGGCUGUAAAUCAUGCAGCAUAGAGUUUUCCAACGACUUGUGAUUGUCAUUGAAAUCCAUGAGAAAAAAAUUGCACUUUCAAUAUGAAAAUACCAAACGCAACAGAUAUGUCGUUGGCCAGUCGGGAUCUGUGGACUACUCCAGGUUACUCAAACUAACCCUUUGAAGGAGAGCGUUUUUUUUUCUUUGUCGGAAAUA